AUGGGCUCAUUGCCGGGGGCGGGGCUAAUUACCGGGGGCCGGGUUAAUUACCGGGGAGGGUUCGGGCUGUCCCCGCUGGUGCCGCCCCGUCCCGGCAGCGGGCGCGGCUGUUUACAGUGUCCCUUUGUCCGUGCGCACGGCCGGGCCGGAGCUCUGCGGGCCCCGGGGCUGGGCCGGGAUGGCCCCAGCGGGAGGGACCUCCCUGUGCCUUCUCCUGCCGUGUGUCCCUUCCCCUUAGUCUCAGAGCCUGCUUCUCACCCCUUCCCAUCCCCGUUCCUUGGGAGCUGCAGUGGUUUCACAGGAGAUCUGAGGACAUCUGCAAAGAUGUGGCCACUUUGGGGACUGGACCUGAACCGGGUCCGCUGUGACCUGCUCUUCACAGAAGCCAUCAACCAAAGGAUGCAGGUUCCCAACAGGCUGAAGGUGGCAGAGAGCUGCAGCCCUGGGGACAGGAAGACAGGGACAGAGGAUGUCUCUGCGUCCUUUCAGAUGCACAUCCCUGAUAGGAUUUCUCUGGCAGAGAUAUCAGACACCAAUCUGAGGCCAGUCCUGCUGACCCAGCCAAGGAAGGUCCCCUCUGUGGUGGUGCACGUGUCCCCAGACCCCUCUGGGGACCUCCCUUUCCUGCCCUCAGCCAGCAGAGCCAGCACCCAGCGACGCAAGCGAUCGGGCCAUCACAGCAGCAGGUCACGGAGGGACAGGACCCCGAGUGACUGUGCCCAGCUGGCCUUGCACAGCCCAGGACAGCAGCAUGAGGGGCCAGACUCGUGUCCCCUGCCUGCUCCCAGUGCCCCAUUCCCUCUCCUCACGGAGGCAGGCAGGAUCUACUCCAUGCAGAACAUCUUCCAGACCAUGUACCUCCUGGGCCAGGUGCUCUUCCACCGUGUCCAGGACUCUCUGCGAGACCCAGCGCAGCCCAGCUUCCAUGAGCCCAUCCCAGCUGCAGAGAGUGCCUUGGAGGAGGCCGGGGUGACAGAGGUGGCAGCGAUGAAGAGGCAGCUGGUGAGGAUCUCGGGGAGGCUGCGUGUGCUGGAGGAGCAGUGCCAUGCCUGGAGGCAGAAGGAGGCCCUGGUGUACUCUGUGAUGAUCUCUGCUUGCCUCUUCAACACAUGGCUCUGGCUUAGAAGAUGA